UGCCUGGAAGAGGCGGUGACCAAAACGCCCACCACCACCUCAACCGGUCAUCCCUAUCUCUUUCCUUUAUAUAACCCCCCACUCUCUUCCCUCUUCGUUUCUCUUCUCAUAUUUAACCCCACAUUUUCACACCACCAUCUCUCUAUAUCUCUCUCUCAAACCAAAACCAAUAAAAAACCAACCUUUACAUGCUCAUCUGAAACAAAAAUGGCGUCAACGAAGAAAGAUGUAGAUCGGAUCAAAGGUCCAUGGAGUCCCGAGGAGGACGAUAUGUUACAGAACCUAGUUCAACAACACGGACCUCGAAACUGGUCCCUUAUAAGCAAGGCCAUACCCGGUAGAUCUGGUAAGUCUUGCCGGUUACGAUGGUGUAACCAGCUCUCUCCACAGGUGGAACAUCGCGCCUUCACUCCCGAAGAAGACGACACGAUCAUUCGAGCCCAUGCCAGGUUCGGCAACAAAUGGGCUACCAUAGCCCGCCUCCUCUCUGGUCGAACCGACAACGCCAUAAAGAACCACUGGAACUCCACCCUCAAGAGGAAGUGCUCGUCGAUGUGUGCCGACGAAGGCGGUGUUGAGUACUUAAAUCAGCAGCCAUUGAAGAGAUCGGUCAGUGCGGGUUCAGCCGUGCCAAUUUCGGGUCUGUAUUUCAGCCCGGGUAGUCCUUCCGGGUCGGAUGUUAGCGAAUCGAGCCUUCCGGUUCCGUGUUCGGCUCACAUAUACCGACCCGUGGCCAGAACAGGGGGUGUUUUGCCACCACAGAUCGAAACGGCGUCGUCGCCGGCCAACGAUCCACCGACUUCUCUGAGCCUUUCGCUUCCCGGAGUCGAUUCAGGCGAGGUUUCAGAUCGCGCUAAGGAAUCGAAUCAAUCCACAAACCCGAUUCAUUUACUUCCGGUGAUGACACCACCACCGCCGCCACAACCUCCGACCACGGUGGUGAUGAUGCAAAUGGAUCCGGUGAACCAGCAGAAUCAGAGUAUGGACUUCAUAUCGUCAUCUCCGAGGAUGCCGAUAUCUGUUUCGGAGAAGCGAUAUGGCGGAAUACCGGCGGCGGAGGUGCCGUCGCCGUCGCCGCAGGAGUCGGAGAAUGUGUUUGUGCCGUUCAGUAAGGAGUUCCUGGCGGUGAUGCAAGAUAUGAUAAAGACGGAGGUGAGGAACUACAUGGCUGGGCUUGAACAGCAGCAGAGUGGGAUGUGUAUACAGCAGGCUGUUGCUGAAAGGUUUAUGAACGCCGCCGUGAAGCGUAUCGGAAUCAGUAAGAUCGAGUGAUCUGAUGAUGCCAGUGAUUGAUCAAGUUCAAUCACAAUAAAUCGGAGAUAAAUCUGGGAUAAUGAGAAAGAAACCAUCUUUGUUACUUUCUCUCUCUAUUCUCUGCUUCGGUUUCAAAAUGCCAAAAAAAAUAAAUUUUAGCAAUGUACAGAGAGAUUGAAAUCGAACAAGAGAGGUGAUGAGAAGGUGGGGAAGUUUUAUCUAUAUUUUGGAGCGGAGGACUCCGUAAUCCUCCUCAAUUACCAGUUUUUAGGGAACAAGAAAUGCAAAGAAAAUAUGAGAAAAAUCACUUUGAAUAUUUUGAAUUUCAAUCCAAGUUAAGUUAAUAUUACUAUUUGCGAGUUUUUCUUGCUGAUUUUAUUGAAUUUACUUUUUAUUCCAAA